AUGAAGCUGCAGGAGGUCAGCACCACGCUUCUCGACGUGCGCGACAUCUUUGAUGCGCUCGUCGAGAAGCAUCCCGUUGUCGACAAGCACCUUGUAGCCGAUGCUGCCAUCACCGUCGCCGCCGCUACCGUAACUCCCAGCCCCGGAGGGCGACCCCAAGGCUUCGUGGACCAGGUCCUGUCGGCGAGGAAGAAGCCGCGCACGGCGCAGAAAAAGUUUGGAGGGGUACGCUACAUCCCUCCAACUUCUAACGCUGUCGAACGUUUGUUCAGUGUCGCGAAGCACACGCUGUCGAACAACCGACAGGGUAUGCUACCGGUGCACCUUGAAACGGUGCUGUUCUUGAAGCUUAAUCGGCGCUUCUGGAAUGCGGGUACCGUCACCAAGGUGGUGAACGGACAGUAA